CACGUAUUUUGUUUAAAAGAAUGGCUUACGGACACUUUAAUUGACGAGGAGAUAUCUGAGUUUGUAUAAGUGUUAAAAUGCGGGAUUAUUUAUUGUUGUUGUUUAUCCUUUAGUUUACGUUGCUAAUCUGACAGCUAGUCAUGCAGACUGUCAUGUAAUCUGUAUUAAACUGACUCAAAAUCACUGAAAAUGUGGAGAAAAAGUCUAAGAACAUCUUCCAAACGCUCUUCUGAACCUGCUUUUUACAUUGCACAUUUAAACAUUCGUUUAUUUAAGAGCUAAUUUGGCUAGUUGUGUUAGCAUCAGAUUUAAAUAAUGCGCGAAUAAAUGUGUCUUCUGCAUCCACGUGAGAAUCAUCAGAUCUGAAUGAUCAGGACGGGUUGUUGUGUUUUAUUUUGGGACUGGGGCUUUGUUCAGGGUCAAAACACGAGAGGCAUGUGUUUGUUGACACCAUUGUCAUUGACCUUACGCUCACUUAGUUGAAAUAAAUGAAGAUUUUUGCCAAGAAUAAUGAAAGAAAAAUGAGAACAUGUGCAAGUUUUAGAUGUGGUACAUCUGUGAAACAUGACAGAACAUUCAGUUCUUUAGUUAAGACUAAACACACACACACACACACACACACACACACACACACACAUACAUACAUAAAUAAACAUACCAUGUUUUUAUAUCAUUGUGGGGACUCUCCAUAGACUUCCAUGCAUUUUAUGGAUUUUAUACAGAUCUAACAAUAAUUUCUAUCCCCUAACCAACCAUAACCCUACCCCUAAACCUAACCCUCACAGAAACCUUUUUGCAUUUUUACAUUUUCAAAAAAAAAAAAAAAAUAGUUUAAUAAGCCAUUUCCCUAUUGGGGACCACUGGCUGGGCCCCACAAGGUAGGUUUUCUCUGGUUUUACUAUCCUUGUGGGGACAUUUGGCCCCCACAGUGUAGUAUAAACAUGGUUACACAUGUACACACACACACACACACAAACUCACAUACACAUACAUACAUACACACAAAUACACAACACACUCAAAACAGCACACACACACACACAAAACACACAUGGUUACACAUACACACACACACACACAUACAUAAAUACAUACAUACACACAAAAUACACAACACACUCAAAACACCACACACAUGGUUACACAUACACACACACACUACACACACACACACACACACAUACAUACAUUCACACAAAAUACACAAUACACUCAAAACACCACACACACACAAAACACACAAUACACAACACAGACAAACACACACACACACAUACAUACACACAAAACACACACACAAAAUACACAACACACACAUACAUACAUACACCCAAAACACACACAAUACACAACACACUAAAAAACACACACACAGACAAACACACACACUUACAUACACACAAAACACACACACACACAGUUUAAAUCGUUGCAGAUUAUUUACGUGUACAUCAGCAAAACCUUUACAGAACAUCGAGUUCUUUAGUUAAACACACCCACCAACACACCCACCCAAACACACCAGUUUAUAAAGUUUCAGAUCUUUACCAAGAACAUACAGGGACACAGACAUAAUAUCAAAUACUGUUUGGUUCAGAAAAGAGCACGUGGAACGACUGUUUCACACCGGACACGUAAGUAGAGCAUUGGCAAAACUGCAAAUUGCAUGUAAGCCACAAACUUUUAACUAUAACCUGCUUAAAGGAAUAUUUUAAGUUAAGCUCAAUCAACAGCAUUUGUGGCAUAAUGUUGACUACCACAAAAAUACAUUUUGUCUAGCCCCUUCUUUAAAAAAAGCAAAAAUGGAGGUUACAGUGAGGCACUCACAAUGGAAGUGAAUGGGGCCAAUCCGAAACACCGUGUCCUAACCAGCAAUGCUGCGACAUGCGAUAAAAGGUAUCUUUUCCAUGUUAAUCAGAGUUUUUGUCCUAACCAGCCGCGACGAGCGACAGCAACGGGGCUUUCUAUUUUUGGAAUGGUUUCCAUUUCUGCGACGUCGUGCUAGACAGUGCAGCCAACAAAUGAGUCUAAAAUUAUUCUAAUUGCAGUAUAUUAAAGCUGGCAUCUCAUUAGCUGGUUCAGAAUAACUUAAAUUUUGACUGAGGGUGUCACACACACACACCAGUUCACGUGGAGAUAGGCGACGUAACAACAGGAGUACCGCAUGAACAAUCGUAACAAUUUAUAUGUAACUUUUCCUUGUGUAUGUGUGUGAUUGUGUAUUUAUCCCCUCGGGAUAAAUACAAGCGUUACGGCGCUUCACUGAGAAAAUGAGUUGCGUUCAGUAAACAUACUGUUCCGUCUGCGAUUGCUCUGUUUUCUACAUUUUAUUGUCAAUAAUCCUCAUUUUAGUGUAUGAAUAUCGCGGUGUUGCGUCGUGUCUGGAGUGGACCAGCAGAUAGCUUGUCGCUGGAAACGUAUCGCGUCGCGUCUGUUUAGGACGAGGUGUAAACAUUAAAAUACUCUAGGCACAACGUAAACAGUAUGUGUUUUAACAUGAUUUUAGUGUGAAAAUAUCACUUACUAGCCUUUUCUGUGUAAAGUUAUAUCCAAUUUUACAACUUUGUUGCAAUGACGACUUAAUGGUGUAAACCAUAAAUCCCUAAAACGACCAUAAAAGUUACAAUUUAAACAACUUUACAGCUCAAAUAAUACAUACAUUUUAACAGAAGAAUUAGUGUAAGUGCUUUAUUUUUCUGCCUUUAAACCCUCCAAAAAUUGGCCCCAUUCACUUCCAUUGUAAGUGCCUCGCUGUAACCUCAAUUCUUGCUUCGAAAAUUUCUACAUUUUUUUUUUGUGGUAAUCAUCAUUGUGCAGGGAUGCAAACUACUCAACUUUCAGCUGAAGUCACCAUUUUUUAAGCUAAUUUUCCCAAAUUGUUUGGCAGAAUUUUGAAUUGAAGGUUACUUUUAAGGGUUGCUUAAAUACUUGGAAAAAAAAGCUUUAAAAAAAUACAAUUUGUGUUAAAUACAACACAAAUGAACUGAAAAGAUAAAUCUGGAACACCUGCUAUGACUUUCUCACCUUUUUCGCCUGAGCUUAACUUGUAUUGAACGUGGAAUAUUCCUUUAAAUUGCCUGGAUUCGUUCAGUUUUCAUGAAUAGAAAGUGUUUUUGUGCACCUGUCGCUGCGUGUGGAACUUGCAUCAAGCCCAACAGAUGUUUUGUUUCAAACAAUGGGUGAGUAGUUUGCUCCAGUAUUUCAUUUUGCUUCAUAAAAGGCUAUAUUGCAAAAGAUCAUAUGGUUAAAUAGGUUUGCAGAGCAUUUUCUGCUGAGUUAAGCACGCAUAAUAAAACUUGGAUUCAUUAAAUGGUUAAUAGUACUCACACUAGUAUGUGUGGACACCCCCUUUUAUUUAGCGGGUUUGACUAUUUCAGUUAUUUCUUUGAGGACUCGUCUUAAUGCUACUCUUUACAAUGACAUUCUAGAGAAUUGUGUGCUUUCAACCUUGUUGCAGCAGAUUUGGGAGUGCACUUUCUCUUCAAGCAUGACUGUGCACCAAGCGAGGUCAAUAUAAAAAUGUUUUUCUAACUCUGGUGUGCACUUGAACUGAACACCCUUGGGAUAAAUUGAAAAGGUGACUGUGAGCCAGACCACAUUGCCCAAUGUCAGUGCAUGACCUCAUUGAUGCUCUUGUUUCUGAAAGAUCCCCACAUUCAUGUUCCAACAUAGAAUGGAAAGACUUCCCCCGUGCAAACUGAGAAAGCAGCAAAGGUAGGGAUGGAUGCCUUUGCUUUUGAAAUUAAUAAUCAGCAAGUGCAUUGAGGUCAGACCCUGUCGUUGAGUAAUGGGGCCUGGGUCGCUGUUAGCAUUCUAGUUCAUUCCAAAAGUCUGGGCAUUAGUGGGUUGGUCAGAUAAGUCAGGCAUUCAACAAGGUGCAGACUUACAAUACUAAGACUAAUGUAAGAAUACCGGCAAUGGGCCUAACUAAUGCUGUUAAUUCGAAGGGUUAGAUCAUUUCUUUACUACUCUUAUGAUAAAAGGGUUUUGGUUUUAUGGAAAGUGGUCGACCAAUACAGGUUUUUGGCAGAUACUGCUACCGAUAUCUAAAAAGCAGGGAGACCAUUAGACAAUAUAAUGCCAAGCCAACUCAAAGUCAUUUUCAUUUGUAUAGCACUUUUCACAGUACACAUUGUACACAAGGCAGCUUUACAAUGAAUUAAACAUUAUAAUUCUGAGAGUGUCAUGAAUGCUUCCGUAUGAGCUCUCGGUCAAAAUAGUAUACUUUAGACCAAGCACGAGAUGGAACAGCACGCGGAAAAACAAAGUAAACCCUAGCAUAAGUGGAACGACCACUUCUGUUAAUAGGACUUCUGGGAUCAUUACUCCUGCUUCAUGCAUAUUAAUCACUUUAGAUAUGAUUUAGUUAAAACAAAGCGUCUUAUCCUGAACUGUUGAGGCAGUUCAUUUGGUCUUGCAGUGGUUAGUCGGACCCAACUCCAAAGUAAAUGCUGUUCAUUCAACUGUGUUUUCUCUAUAGCUCACAGGCAGUCAUGAUCUCUGAAGCAGCCACCAUGGCUGGGAUCACUACUCACAAGAUCAGCAAACACAUCACCUUCUUAGUAAAUGACGUCACAGGGACUCCGGACUCCACUAUUCCACCUGGUCAACCUAAACCUCUGUUACUAUUGAUGCCAUGGCUGGGCUCCAGACCACAGGCCAUUGCAAAGUAUUGUGAUAUUUACUUCCGCACUGGCUUUGACGUGCUUGUUGUGGAAAGUGAGGUGAGCCAAUUCCUGUGGCCUCGCUGGGGGCUGGAGUAUGGUGGCCAUUUGCUGGAGUUAUUAGAGAGUGAGCGCUUCUGUCAGCGCCCCCUGCUGGUCCAUGCCUUCUCCAUAGGGGGAUACACAUUCUGUCAGGUGCUCAUUCAUGUGGCUAAGAACACCCAGCGCUAUCAAGGCCUGACAAACAGGAUCAGAGGUCAAAUCUACGACAGCUUGGUCAUGGGUUCAGUGGAGCAAAUGGCUGUCGGCUUGAGUAAAACCAUGUUCCCUCGGUUGGAAGGUCUCGUGAGGAGGGCCAGCCUUCUAUACUUCCGUGCCUUUAAGCACCAGACAGUCGACUAUUUCAACGCAGGGAUCGAUGUGUUCUGGAACACUCCUUUGACAGCGCCUGCUCUUUUCUUUUUCUCUGAGAAUGAUGCACUGUGCGACUGCCAGACCAUGGAGAAGAUGGUGGAGUUUUGGAGGAAUCAAGGUUUAACUGUGGAGAGCAAGAAAUGGAAGAAGUCUAUUCAUGCAGGUCAUCUGCGUACCCACCCUCAGGAAUACAUGUCCACACUGGAGAACUUCGUGCAGGCCCUCAACAUGGUGCCUCUGAAGGCCAAAAUGUGAACGUGGGAUUCUGAGUCACUCGAUUAAUUUAAGGAAUAGCUCACCCAAAAAACAUUUACUCGCCCUAUAAUGUCGCUUCAAACCUGUAUGACUUUGUCAAAUCUUCAGAUGUCUUGAAUAGUGAAUAGUGACUCUGGGCUAUCAGUCUCCAAAAAUGAAGAAAAAACAAACAAACACCAUAAACCUCAUUAAAAGUCUUCUGAAACCAUACAGUCAAAACAGAAAUUACAUUUUUGGGUGAACUAUCCCUUUAAACAUCAAAUUAGCCAGAAGUGCCUGGUUUUAUUGCUAAAUAUAUAUUAGUAUUUUAUGUAAUUUGAUCAAAUGGUUAUAGAUCAGAUGGCCUUAGAUUUGCAAUAUUGAACUGUUUCUCAACCCACUCCAGCCUGUCCAAAUAUUUGCAAUAACCACAUGCAAUCAUUUUCAUCCAAAUAUUCAUAUAUCCUGUCUACAAGAGGAGUCUGAAUUUCUGAAGACCAUAGCACUGUUAUGUGAAUGUUGAAUAAUUGAUACAGUCUGUGGAUAUUUUAACCUUUUGGUUUAUUGCACUACAAUGCAAAGGAGCUGCUGACAUGUUUUUUAAAGGUCAGAACUCCUUUUGGAAUAAAUUAUUUUGUAUUAGAUGUUUGUGGUAAACACUUGAGAAACUGUUAAAAAAAUAAGACCCAUCCAUAAUGAAUCAUCAAUUAUAUGACAUGACUUUUAGCACCUAUUAACUUGAAUACACUAGAGUAAUUUAUGUUUAUCUCAAAAGGAAUGUUGGCAGUACCCCUGACCACUCAUUCCGUGGUAAAGAUUACUUCACUUGACAUUGUUUCUAAAUAUAGAAACAAGUAUACAGUAUAUACAAGUCAACAACAAAACUCUUUUCAACACAGUCAUGGAAAAUCUAUGCACUUUUUUCUUGUUCUGGUUCGAACAUAUUUGGAAAAAAUAAAGGAAGUUUAAGUUUAAAAAAACAACAUAUUUUUGUUGUUGCAUUUAUUUAUUUUUUUUGCAAAGGAAUAAAGCCGAUUAAAUAAAUCCUUCUGAUUAAUUUGAUUUUGUCCUAUGACAAUGACUUCAUAAAUUCAUGUUACAUCUAGGAAAAGGGUUGUAUCUGGUGAAAUAAAGGAUUUUAGGAAGAAGUCUUAAGGAAAUCAUACGAAAUACAUUAAGUUAUACAAUGUUACUGGUUAUAGAUGUCUUGUUUGUCAAGUAGAUUGCAUUUUACUAAUUGCAAGUUUAUGAAAUUGUAGUAAUUUUCCUAAUUGGAUUCCAUGUAGAAACCAGAAAACAACAAAUGAAGUGCAUCACUGGUGACUUGUGUUACCAGGUGCUUUAUCAAGGAGUGGGCAAAGUGUCGGCGCUAUUUGAGAUUUUAAAGCUAUUUACUUUAACUCUGUGUGUAUCACCUCAAAUGAACAGAUCGUUCAAGAAUUGCAAGGAUGCUCUGUGGAUACUGCAAUGCUUAUUUGAUUUGGCUGCACACUUUGAGUCUUGUGAAGGUACAGAGGGCAAAGAAAGUACAUUAAAUACCUCUGACUGGUCUAGCUCUGGUGUGUUUUUGCACGCAAAAUAAUAAGACCAUCCCUGAAAAUGUCUCAGGACCACAUAUAGAACAGACAGUACAACAGGUGUAGUAUGUAAAAGUUCAAUGCACAUAUCAGUUGUUUACUGCCAUCUGCUGGUCUAAAACAAGAUAAAGUGCUCAUACUCAAGGUCAGCUAAAUUAUACUUGAUCUUAAAAGUAGUAAAAGUUAUCAAAGCUAUAUUGCCGUGUUGUGUAUAAUUUACAAGAUUAUUUUGAGAAUGAUACACAAAAAUAUUGUCAAGUCAUUUUUAUUUGUAUAGCGCUUUUCACAACACCCUUCUGCAGCUAUACAGAAAAUCAUGCAUGUAUGUAAAAUCAUUGCAUGUAGAUUAGGCAGUAAAGUGUGCGUGUGGUCUGGGCUGUAACACUUCAUUCAUAGGGAAGUGAGAGUAUUUGUGUUACUAUUUUGGGAUCAAACCCAUGCUGCCUGUGAUUUGUGCUUGUUUUGAUAGGAUGGUUCACCCAAAAAUGAAAAUUCUCUCAUCAUUUACAACUUUUGUCCUCCAGGGGGCGCAUGGCGGCU